AUGAAAUCGUCAAAAUCACAUCGCGUUGGAAUGCCCCCUCGUGGCCGCUCUUCACGAAGCAACGAUGGCCAUGGAUCGGCGACAAGAUCGGAGGAGGAAGCCAUGGGGGAGAGAAGAAGCGGCGCGGACGCGUCCGCCAAUGCUCCUACCCUGGUCCACCACCAGGUCACGAGUGUCUUGACACGCGAGACUCCGUCUGGAAUUGAGGCAAUGCGACGAAGGAUGAGUGCCGCGCUGGCACAGAAACAACAAAUGCGCGCCGCGGCUGCUACCACCGCUUCCAGCGGCUCGUCUGAUACGACAAAACAAGAUGACUCGUCGGAGCCUUCAGCAUCACUGCAGCAUACGGAGUCGAGUUCGGAUGAGUCAGUCAAUACCGCAGCCCUCUCGACAGAUUCCGCUCGAACUAUACGGGCCACGUUUGACAUGACCCCGGGGUCUGUUAGGACCCCGUCAUAUCCGUUUCCUCGCAUGGCUUUGCGACUCAAUCGUAACACCAGCCACCGCUCAGGUCCCUCCCACAGACCCUUCACUCUCUUGUCCCCCACCAACGAGCCGCCCCUGAGCUCAGACCCUGCGCAGCCACCUCUUCCGCAACGGCAAGCAUCCUCUUCGGAUUUGAGUACACCAGUUGGCCAGACCCCUCUGAGUCCAGGCUAUGCCGAGGACCCCAAUUUCCCGGCGCCUGACUUGUACGAUAUCAUCUUGAUGCUUAAUGCUGAACCAGGAUUAGAUAUGUGGUGGGUCAAUGUCACCGAGGUUCUGUCAGAGGUUUAUGGCGCUGAACGAGCAUCGCUGGCGGUUCCUGGUGAUAUCACCGAUCUUGAGAACGUUCCGUGGGGGCAGAAGGCAACAUACAACGUCAAUGGCAGCGAGGGGGUGCCGCCUUCGCAGUUUGAAUCCCUGUCUACCUCCGAGGCUGAUAUAACCUCUCUAGGCCGACGGCCAGAACCUGCCAGUAGGAUCCCCAGUGAGCUUAGUUCGGGGGCUCCGCGCCGGCCGCCUCUUAUGUCCCGCCAUUCUAUUGCAGGGCCGAUGCCUGAUCAGUCUGCUAGGGGUGCCCGUCAGCGUCCUGCAGGGCCUGUGCGCGCCUAUAGCAUGAUGCCCAAAGAGCCAGCAGAGGAAAUCCCGACGAUCUCACCGCUCUUGCCCAGGUUGACUAGACAAGCCGCCACACCUCGAUCGACGUCCGUGGCAGAGUCGGAUCCCUUAGCGCUAAAAGGACUGUACAACUCCUCGGGUUCCGCUUCAUCGACCCUCAGGUGUCAUGUUCAUCGUUCGAUACAGCCGCUAGAGGCCGAACCCGACCCAUUACUUGUCCGUACAGGGGUUUCAACGUUGUUUGGGAAGAGGAAACCUGUUGUAUUGACAAGAGCGUACACAGACACCGCACCCAGACAAUCACCCAAGGUCAAGGGACGUGAGGAUGAUCGAAGUGUGCCACCGACACCUUCACCAGGAGGUCCUGACGACCGUAAAAUUGCGAGACCUGAGGAUGCUCUGACGCUGCAAAGUGCCUUUCGUGCAUUUGACGAAUAUGAGCAACCGGAACCAUCACCCUGGUCGCAGAGUCCCUCACCUUCACCUGCGGCACGCCCUGACCCUGCGGAAUCGCCCUUUUUCGCGCAGCCCACGGCAUCCAUUGAUGAGUCUGCAUUCGAACAAAAUCCUCCGGUGUAUGACUAUGCGACCACGGCCAACCAACCAUUGAGUGCGAUAGGAGCCGAUAUGUCCAAGACUCUGAUUCACGUGCCAUUGAUACAGCCAAUUUUGGCUAGAGGGACUCUAGCAUCUAACCUCCGUUUUCCUAUCGCCAUCCUGUCGUUUCUAUCGCCACUGAAUCCGUAUCCGCGUAGUCUUCGGCAUUCCUUGGAAGCUCUUCUACCACAUCUGGCAAGCUCAUAUUCACUUGCGCAGCAGUACAGCGCUCUCCAAGAUCGUUUGCGCGGCACUCCAGGAGGUCGACAUGGUGCGGCAUUCGGCCUUGGGGGCACAUUCUCUGAUGAAGGCUCUGAACUCGAGCUUAUGGCUGAGUUAAGCGGACAAAUUGCGCAGGAUAAAGAGAAUGCCAGAUCAUGGACAUACCAAGAAAGCUUCAGCCCAGGAGUUUUGAAAGAGAGCCCUGGCAACUCUGUUGUGAGCACGCCACUCAUGGACCAAUUUGGGAUGAGUUCAGGGCAACCGCCAACUCCGGGUGGCAAAACCGGCUCUGAAAUGGUGGACAGCUACUUCUCUGCCAGGAGACAGAGAGGCGGUCAACAACCACUGACUCCUGGCCCGCGGCUGACCAAGGAUGAGACCGAGCAAGCCAAACAUUCAACCGAGAAAUCCUCCACCGGUUCAAAGAUAUCUGGGAAGAAAACUACAGGUGGUACCACAAAGACGCAGCCUGACCCUCCUAGUCCGAUGGCACUUCGGACGGCUAGUAUUACCUCUGAAAGUGAUUCCGGGGACCAUUCUUUUCCUUUAUACGACAGGGCUGACUCCUCCCUUCGGCGAAACACUGCUCGGCGUGUUAGCGAACAUAAAGAUGACGGCGAGAGACAUCUGCCCGAGCUAAUAUCGUCUCUUAUGCUUAAUGCUGUACCGCUUCAACUUUUCCUGGCCAAGCCGAAUACGGGAGACUUGGUUUGGACUAACCGCAAAUUUGACGCAUUUCGGAGUCAAGGAGAAGGUCGUGUGCGAGAUCCCUGGAAGAACGUGCAUCCAGCAGACAGAAAUGGCCUAGUCAAGCUGUGGAAUGAGGCCUUAAGAACGGGAAGUCAGUUCACCCACUAUAUCCGUGUCAAGAGAUUCAACAGCGACAGCGACUUCCGCUGGUUUGUGUUUCGAGCCAGCACUUUGUUGAGCCACAAUGGUCGUCUCUUGUACUGGAUUGGAUCGUUUCUGGACGUGCACGAGCAAUACAUCAAGAAUCUCGAGGCCAGUGAAAAGGAGGCAAUCAUGGCCCGUGACACAAAGAUUCGCGCACUUGCGGAUGCUAUUCCACAGAUUCUUUUCGAGGCUAUCGAAGGAGACGGCAUAGUGGCUGUCAAUCAGCAAUGGCAUUCGUAUUCAGGCCAGACGCUUGAGGAUGCUCGAGGCCUAGGGUUCGCUAAACAUGUCCAUCGCGAUGACCUGCACAAAUGUGGCAUUUUGGCACCGUCAGAUGUUGCCGCGAUUGCUCGAUCUUCAGCUACAAGUCCGUCGUCUUCGUCCAACGAUUCGAACAAAACAGUCGGCGCGCCUGCCCCUUCUCUUCCUACUCAGAAGCACCUCUUUUCGCCUGAUCUGAGCUCGCUGGAGCGGAUGAUCAAAUCCGGCUCAGUGGUCGUGGAGAAGGACGAGAACGGGCGUCUAUCUUACCUGACUGAGAUCCGCCUGAAGUCUAGGGGAGGUGGGUAUCGUUGGUUUCUCGUACGACUUGUUCGAGUUGACACCGGUCUAUGGCAAAGUCAGAGCGGAAAGGCGUCUUGGUACGGAACGUGCACCGAUAUCGAGACACGGAAAGCUCUGGAACGAGAAUUGAACCAAGCAAAUGAAAAGGUUCACUCAGAAAUGGAGUCCAAGACCAAAUUUUUCGCUAACAUGUCUCAUGAAAUUCGAACGCCGCUGAAUGGCAUUUUGGGUAGCAUGCCUUGGCUGGUCGAGUCGGAGCUAGACCACGAUCAAAGGCGGACGGUGGACACAAUUCAAAACAGCGCCAAUAAUCUGAGGGAACUCGUGGACAAUAUUUUGGAUGUGACCAAGGUCGAGGCUGGGAAGAUGACUCUACUUCCGAAGUGGUUUCAUGUCCGGGCACUCUGUGAAGAGGUGGUGGAUACGGUGUCAUCUCGGGCCAUCGAGCGUGGACUCGAACUCAAUUAUUCGCUGGAGGCCGAUGUUCCGUCCACGGUCAAGGGGGAUGCCUUCAGAGUGCGCCAGGUCCUGCUCAAUCUCCUUGGUAAUUCCGUCAAGUUCACCGAACAGGGCGAGGUGUACAUGCGAUGUUCCUACCGCGAAGCCGAGCCAGCCAGUACAACAGGACAGGCUGCUAAUUCGGGCCUCCUCUCCUUCGAUGUGGUUGAUACUGGGCGUGGCUUCAAUGAAGACGAUUUCAAACGGCUUUUUAAGCAGUUUGGCCAGAUUGGGGGCGGCAGCAAUCACGAGGCCGGCUCGGGACUGGGGCUUUUCCUUUCCAAGCAGCUGGUCGAGAUGCAUGGAGGCGAGCUUUCUGUCAAAAGUAAAGCAGGCGAGGGCUCGACUUUUAGCUUUUACAUCAGAGUCGAGGUGGCACCCCCCGGGUCUGAACUUGCCUCACCCCCUAUCGCUUCGAGAGCCGCAAAACAUAGGCAAUCGCCUUCGUUGGGAGGGAGUCCCCGAUCACAGUCCGACAACAAGACCCCGACAAUGGCGUCAGCUAAGGGCCUUUUGCACAACGAGGGCAUCAUUCAAACGCCCGGUCUAUCCAGAUAUGUUAGCCCCCCUCCGCAACAGGGGACUGCUCUGCCAUCGCCAUUAGUACCAUCGCCGGUAGUGCCAUCGCCAGUGCUGUCAUCGCCCUCCCUGGUUUCACCGCCGGUUCUCCCGUCCGAUAGCUCCGGAUUAUCGGGGCGAUCAAACUCGGGUAACAUAGCGUCCGAGUCGUCGGCGACUUCGAUCAUCCAAACGCCCGAAUCCGCACCUCCUCCGGAAUCUACGGUUUCAGCAAGUGAACGACAAGCCCUGAUGGAAAAGGCUAUUGCGUCUCACCCAGUCUUCAAGCGGAGCAAGAGCGACAACGACGGAAGCAGGUUGGCGCCGGAAAAGGCGCAUCCCCAGACGUAUUCGGUUGUCGUUAUAUGUCCUGCAGAGCAUGCGCGGAUGGCGAUCAAGCAGCAUAUUGAGCACGUGGUUCCAUACUCGAUUGCAGCUAAUGUCACGACCAUUCCGGAUAUCGGUUCAUUCCUCGAUCUUUUGAAUGGGCCAUCACCGCCCACCUUCACACACAUCGUCUUGGAUAUCCCUGCAACCUCUGAUAUCAUGCUAUUUAUGCGCCAGAUGGCCAACUUCACCGGUCCAGUGAUACCGGCUCUCGUGGUGAUUACCGACCACUACCAAAAGCGGGAUAUUCUGGAUGAUUUUACUACCCUGACAGCGAGCGGGCGCAAAGCCUAUAUGAUUCACAAGCCGGUCAAGCCGUCGGUGUUUGCGAUGAUUUUCGAUCCUGCACAGCUGCGCAAUUUAAGUAAGGAUCGAGCACGCGAGGUCGCGCAGUCGAGCUCCGACGACUUCCGAAAUAUCGCCAACUUGGUGAAGGAGAAAAUUGGUGGAAGAGAGCACCGAGUGUUGUUGGUCGAGGACAGCGACGUGAACCGGAUGGUGAUCCAACGAUACCUCAAGAAAGUUGCGUUGGCCAACGACUAUGCCAAAAAUGGGCAGCAAUGCGUGGAAAUGGUUCAGGGCAAGCCACCGGGCCACUAUUCGCUCAUCAUCUGUGACAUCCAGAUGCCGAUCAAAAAUGGGUAUGAGGCGUGUACGGAAAUACGGGAGUGGGAAAGGAGUCACGCGUACAGGCCGUCGCCGAUCAUGGCACUGACAGCACAUGCGAUGCCCGAGGAACGCGCAGCCGCCGCCAAUGCUGGAUUUACCGACUAUCUUACCAAACCGGUGGAUUUCAAUGUGCUCGGGACGAUGAUGAUGACGCUACUGGACCCAACAGUGCCACACGUGUUCUUACGUGAUAGGCCUCUGGAGUCUUGA